AUGUUCUACAGCCACGAAAUCCUCACCUCGCGUGAGCAUGGCGUUGCCACGGUGUGGCUGGUUGCAACUCUCGGAGCAAAGUCAACUACUCGGAAGGUGAACAGGAAGGCAAUACUAGAAGUAGACGUGCCUAAGGCGUGUGAUAUGAUUAUCCGCCCAGAUGCUCCCAUGGCAUUGAGACUGCAGGGGAACCUCCUAUAUGGGGUAUCGAAAGUGUACCAUCAGCAGUGCGGAUAUGCACUUCUGGACGCAGAAGCCACGCGGGAUAGGAUGAGGACUAUGUUGAAAGUCAUCCACAGUGCUAGUUUGGAUCCUGAUGCAGGAAAGGCCAGACCUGAUCAAAUCAUGCUUCCGCAUGAUCCAACAUUUAUUCCUGAGCUUAUGCUUCCCGGGUUAAACGUUGACCUAUCAACACUAGAUAUAGGGCUGGAUUGGGUGUCACCCCGCAAGUCCAGCCUGGUAUCAAGCUACGUGCCAAAAUCAACUGCCUCCAACAAGUCAGCCGCUGGGGAACUGCAGCUGAAUCUCUCAUCUUCGGAUAUCGGUGGUUUCCACACCGGGGAUGCCCUUGGAUAUAUCAGUGAAAUGAGCAGUGCGAGGAAGGAGCCUCAAGUAGAGCUGCCAGCCUACUUUGGAGACGAGGCCGGUAUUCUGCUACAGCCGGACUUUGAGUUCGAUGGUGACGGUAACAUCAUCGAGCUAUUUCCAAAGAAAACUGCAGAGCCAAGGGAAAGUGAAGUCCAAGUGAGAGAUGACCGCCUAAGCACUAUGAGAAACACCGGAGUUGGCUUGCUCACCGGAGAACAUCAACCCGAUGGAGACAUUGUGAUGGAUGAUAUAGAUGCCGGUCAGGACGAAAUGGCCGGAAGCCUGCUUGUAUCUGACGGGACGCAACCACGAGGCCAAGUGACUGAUCCAGAUUACUCCAACGUUCCUGAGAUCUCCUCGGAGACCGGAGAAGUAGUAAAGACACAUUUUAGAAGAAAGAAGCUCACCAGGAUGUUUGGUGUGGACGAGCCCGCGGAGCUGAGAAACUCCGACCUAGCACAGUGGAAUUCAGAGUAUGCGGAAAACAUGGCUGCUGCCGCUAGAAGCAAGGUCCACAAUAGACUUGUCACCAUUGCCAAAAAGAAUGCGGCCUUCUGGGUUCUUGGCUCAGGAAUUGGAGCUGUAGGUGUUGGUCUGGGUUCCGGAGCAGUGUUACAUCCACUUGCUGCGUUCUCCGGAGACCAGCUUCUCGCGUCCCUUACCGGGGCUCCUUGCAGAGAGAAACGUAGAAAGAGGAACCACGACGAAAAGGAGGACGCCGAUGCAUCUGUGGGUAAGAGAGCUCGUAUCAGGGAGGAGGACAAGGACGACGAGCCUGAAAUUGGCCUAGGCGAGGCUGUUGACGUGGAGGAGGGUCUCGGUCUUGUAGUCGAGGAUAUCGAGGUUGGCCGGCAGGCACCUUCGUCUCUUCGGGACGACGACCUGUCCAACAUGCCAUGGAACAUCACUGCGUCCAUCAAGAGCAAGAGCUCUGCCCGGGCUUCAUCGGUGUACUCUCGCCAGAUCUUUGCGGGUGGAGGUGUGUUCUCAAGCAUUGGUGGGCCCCGUUCUGUAGUGAGCCCUGGACCGGAUGGGAUGCCGUCUGCCUCCAACGCAGCAGCAGCCGUUGCCGCCCAUCGACGAGGACGUCUGACAAGUGCAAGUCCACUGGCUGGUCGGGGCAACCUCCAGCUACUGCCAAGUGACCAGGAGAUGGACCUAGACAUCGACACCUUCAGCGGCAUCGAUGCGGCUCACUAUGGCGAUGACGAAGGAGACGGCCAACCGGGGGAACAACCCCUCGGCCAUGAUAAUGCUAAUGAUGAUGAUGAUGAAAGAAGGGGUAUCCAGGGACCUAAAUGGCUAAGAAGCAGCAGCAGCCUCGACCAGGAAACCGUCAACUUCUACGAGUACCUGCAGGCCCGCAUCGAGGAGAAGGAGCAGAAGAAGGAAGAAGAGAAGGAGGAUCGGGCGGUCGGAGGAAGCCACUCAGGGGUAUCGGUAUCGUUCACCUCGCUUCUCCCGCCCAGGUCGAGCUCCCGCAUCGUCGCGACGCAGGCACUGCUGCACGUCCUGACCCUCGCAACAAAUGGAGCCCUGAGAGUCCGGCAGGAUGUUGCCAAUAAACCAAGGAGUGUUCAAGAUACAGGGGACAUCAUCCUAAUGCUUGGAUGA